ACAGAGACCCCAGAGGAGGAGGAGUAUAUAGAGGAACACAGGGGUCUGUACAAGGACGUGAUGAUGGAGAAUCACCGGCCCCUCACAUCACUGGAUGGACCCAGUAACAGAGAUACCCCAGAGAGAUGUCCCCGUCCUCUGUAUUCCCAGGACUGUACAGAGGAGAAUCACAGGAUCCCACAGGAGGAUCAGGGUGUUGACCACUUGAAUACUAUUAAGUCAGAAGAUAUAGAGGGAGAAGAAGAGACGUAUGUGACUGAUAUAAAGGCAGAAGAUAUAGAGGGAGAAGAAGAGACGUAUGUGACUGAUAUGGAGGGAGAAGAAGAGACGUAUGUGACUGAUAUAAAGGCAGAAGAUAUAGAGGGAGAAGAAGAGACGUAUGUGACUGAUAUAAAGGCAGAAGAUAUAGAGGGAGAAGAAGAGACGUAUGUGACUGAUAUAAAGGCAGAAGAUACAGAGGGAGAAGAAGAGACGUAUAUGACUGAUAUAAAGGCUGAAGAUAUGGAGGGAGAAGAAGAGACGUAUGUGACUGAUAUAAAGGCAGAAGAUACAGAGGGAAAAGAAGAGACGUAUGUGACUGAUAUAAAGGCAGAAGAUACAGAGGGAAAAGAAGAGACGUAUGUGACUGAUAUAAAGGCAGAAGAUAUAGAGGGAGAAGAGGAGACGUAUAUAACUGUUAUAAAGGCAGAAGAUAUAGACGGAGAAGAAGAGACGUAUGUGAGGGGUGAUCAGCAGUGUAAGGAUGAAGAAAUCCCUACAGAUAUCAGCACAGAUGGACGCAAUACAAGGAAUACCUCGGAGGGGCAUCUUGUUUGGUCUCCAGAUUUUAAAUUAGAAGAUAAGAACAUCAUGCAAAAGUCUCCAGAAGAAAACAAUAUAACCCUAAAUAUACAUCCAGCACUUCACAGUGCAGAUAUAUCAUUGGAUACCCGUAUUCCUGAGGAAUGUUCUCCUUGCAACUCACAGGUUGCUGCACAUAGGACAGAUCAUAGGUGUGAUACAGUCAUUUCCUCUUCUGAAGAUGGAAAAUGUUUUACACGUAACCUAGCUCUUGCUGGACAUGGUAAAAGUCACAUAGAUGGACGUAAUACAAGGAAUACCUUGGAAGGACAUCUUGUUUGGUCUCCAGAUUUUAAAUUAGAAGAUAAGAACAUGACACGAGGGUCUCCAGAAGAAAACUGCAUCACCCUAAAUAUACAUCCAGCACUUCAUAGUGCAGAUAUAUCAUCGGAUACCUGUAUUGCUGAGGAAUGUUCUCCUUGCAACUCACAGAUUGCUGCACAUAGUACAGAUCAUAGCUGUGAUACAGUCAUUUCCUCUUCUGAAUAUGGAAAAUGUUUUACACCUAACCCAGCUCUUGCUAGACUUGGUAGAAGUCAUGCAGGUGAGGAGCCAUUUCCAUGUUCUGAGUGUGGGAAGAGUUUUACAAAUAAAUUAGCUCUUUUUAGACAUCAGAGAACUCAUAUAGGUGAGAAACCAUUUCCAUGUUCUGAGUGUGGGAAAUGUUUUACACAGAAAUCAGCUCUUGUUAUACAUAGGAGACGUCACACAGGUGAGAAACCAUUUACCUGCUCUGAGUGCAGGAAAUGUUUUACAGACAAAUCAUCCCUUAUUAUUCAUGAGAGAAGGCACAAAGGUGAGAAGCCAUUUCCAUGUUCUGAGUGUGGGAAAUGUUUUCUAAAGAAAUCAGAUCUUGUUACGCAUCAAAGACGUCACACAGGUGAAAAACCAUUUCCAUGCUCUGAGUGUGGGAAAUAUUUUUCACACAAAUCAGCACUUGUCAUACAUGAAAGAAGACACACAGGUGAGAAACCAUUUCCAUGCUCUGAGUGUGGGAAAUGUUUUACAUGUAAAUCAGAUCUUGUAAUACAUAAGAGAAAUCACACAGGUGAGAAAUUAUUUACCUGCCCUGAGUGUGGGAAAUGUUUCACAUACAAAUUAGCUCUUGUCGUACAUCUGAGAAGUCACACAGGUGAGAAACCAUUUCCAUGUUUUGAAUGUGGGAAAUGUUUUUCAAUGAAAUCAGAUCUUGUUAUACAUGAGAUAAUUCACACAGGUGAGAAACCAUUUCCAUGCUCUGAGUGUGGGAAAAGUUUUUCACACAAAUCAGCUCUAGUUAGACAUGAGAAAUGUCAUACAUGUGAAAAACCAUUUACAUGUUCAGAGUGUGGGAAAUGUUAUAACCUGAAAUCAGAUCUUAUUAUUCAUGACAGAAGUCACACAGGUUUGAAACCAUUUAUAUGCUCUGAGUGUGGGAAAUCUUUUUCACGCAAAUCAUCCCUUGUUAUCCAUGAGAGAAGUCACACAGGUGAGAAACCAUUUCCAUGUUCUGAGUGUGGGAAAUCUUUUUCACAGAAUUCAGCUCUUGUUAUACAUAAGAGAAUACACACAGGUGAGAAACCAUUUCCAUGUUCUGAGUGUGGGAAAUGUUUUACAAGUAAAUCAGAUCUUGUUAUACAUGAGAGAAAUCACACAGGUGAGAGACCAUUCACAUGUGAGUGUGGGAUAUGUUUUACACGGAAAUCAUCUCUUCUUAGACAUCAGAGAAGUCACACAGGAGAGUACCAGCUAUUGUAAGAUAUCAGAAAAGUCACAGUUGAAUUGACUUGAUUGGUAGACAUGAAACAAGGUUGCAUUAAUAGUUUACGUAUAAUAAAUCUGUAUUAAGAGAA